GGAACCGGAUGUCAGCAAGUUUCUAAUCCAUGAGCAUAAGGGAAUACUGAAAAAGUAGGUCACUAGCUAUCUUGUUUGAAACAAUAUAAAGGUAAAGUCCGUCUGUAUUAUAUUAAAGCAACCGAACGUUUUAGCGUUAUCAAAUAAAUGUCCUUCAUUUUCAAGUAGCACGUCUUGUAAAUUCGCUAGCGUGCUAACAAGCGAAACGUUAGCUAGCUAGCUAGGUUUACAUGAUGUAACUAACGUUAGCUAGCUAACAUUUUACAAGGCACAACAUGUUAGCUAACUAGCUAGUUACAUGUAAAGUACGCCAUAAAAGUGUUUGCAUAGUCUUUGAAGCUGAAUUGCGUGUACAUAAUUAGUUACUUUUUCAGAUAACAUUAAGACAUGUUUCCAUAAACCACGUUAGAUAACAUGUUAGCUAGAUAACAUCAACAUGCUGAUGUUUACUUUGCAUGUUUUCAGACUCGAUGAUGCUUCACUGAAGACACUUCAAAUGGAGGAACACACACUUUCCUCAACAUGCCUUGCAGCAGCCUGGCCUCUAGGUCGGCUUUUGUGAGCGCAACUGAAUAAGUGAAUGCCCUUGAGUACAAUUGAGACAAUACUGACAUUUCCACAAUGAAUCCCAACAGUUUGUUUGGGAGGCAGCAGGGAGGAGCUUUCCAGGCCUCCAGCAACACUAACAAGACUGGUGGCAUGUUCCAGGCCUUCGGACAGGAGGGCUCCACCAACCCUCCACAGAAUGUAGCAUUUGGGCAAACCGCAACAUUCGGGCAACCGUCUGCCUUCAGUCAGCCGUCAGUCUUUGGUCAGUCUCUGGCAUUUGGGCAGACGCCUUCGCUCGGACAAAGCUCUGUUUUUGGGCAAAGUGGCGGACUAGGUCAGGCAUCAGGGCAGACCUCGACAUUCUCUUCAAUAAGUCAGCCUCCAGCCUUUGGUCAGUCCUCAUUGGGGCAGGGUAGCUCUGGGUUUGGUGGUGCUCCCCCGCCAUCGUAUGGACAGGCCACUGGACAGAGUCAGAGCUCUGGGUUUGGACAGACGCCUGCUUUUGGACAGAGCUCUGCCUUUGGGCAGCCACCUGCAUACGGGCAGCAGCAGACCCCGGCGUUCAGCCUCUCCUCUGGGAUCUCCCAGGCUUCCUCUGGCCCCACCACUACCACCACCACAGGGUCGGCACAGCCUUUGGCCUUUGGCCAGUCGCCCAUUGGCCAGCCGCAGCCCAGCGCCACGACCACCUCCUUUGGUACUGCUCAGAGUGUCGUCCAGAGUAGAGGCUUCAGCACAUCAGAAUUCAGCUUCAAACCGUCCAACGAGGUGCUGUUUAAGCCCAUCUUCAGCGCCAGCCCAGAGCUGGCUAAUCCUCAGCCCGCCACUGCAUCCGAGCAGCCCUUCGGUGGCGCCACCACCACCCAGCCCUCUUUCAGCACCAAGGACAGCAGUGGACCGGCCAACUCAGGCUUCUCUCUCCUGACCGGAGCCAAGAGUGGCCCGCUUGGUUUCAGCUUCUCCCAGCCGGCAGUGGCCCCCUCCAUCUCCGCUUCCAUUGCCACUACCAGCCUGACCCAGAAAGACCCUCUCACCAGCAGCGUAGGCUCCGGAAGGAGCCUGCAGUUCACAUUCUCCCAGCCAUCUGCUCUCUCCAGCACCAACUCCAGCACCGCCGCCCCCCAACCAGCCCCGGUCCCCAGCAGCCCCUCCUCCUUCAGCUUCUCUACCAAAGUCCUCCAGUCCCAGCCCGCGCCCCCGAUGUCCCUGUUCGGAGGAGUCAGCUUUGGCCAGACCUCUACAUUUGGAGACCUCAAAAACGAGGCCCCAGCUGAGGAGAAAGUUGGCGAUGAGGAGAGCACUAGGGAAGUGACAGUGUUUGGGAGACUUGGAAAAGGAACUAAGCGGAAGGAGGAGCCAGCGAAUCCCAAAGCCGCUCCAGGGAAGCCUGCCCAGUCAGAGGACGCCCAAGCUGAAGCCAGAGCUGACCUACCCAGACACCCUUCGAAGCGGCCUCUCCUGAGGUCCUCCCGCGGCCCCAUGGGUGGACUCUUCUGCAGGGCCAUGAGUGGCGUUUUGAAAUCCGCAGCCAACUCAGUGAGGAGGGACCCCAUGAAGGAGGAGCAGCAGCCUCCAGGAUGGGGGGAGGGGGAGAGAGCAGACACGCAAGCUCCGAUCAGUCUCAGACCUGCUACUCCUCCCAGGGCUCAGGCCCCCACCAGAGAGGUUCUGGAGAAAGCAGAGGAGACUGGUAAGUCCUCAUCAUGAAAAUUAAGUAAAACACUAUUACUUGCUGUUAACCAAAAUCAUAUGCCUUGCUGAAUUUAAAGUAUUAUGUUUAAUGUGUAUCACAGAUUUUCUCAUGCUGAUUUUAUUCUCUCCUUUUCCUCCAGGUUCGUUGGAAGUGCCCGACCCAGACGCUGAGACCAAGACCCCAGCUAGGAGAAGGCAGCGCGGGGAGAGCACGGACAGCCUGGGGGGCAUGUCCCCCACCGACGCCACCAUCCUCCAGUGCAAGAGCGUCCCACCCAGUCUCAACAAAAAGAACAUCAUAGAAAAGCACUUUGGCCGCUUCGGGAAAGUCUGCCGGGUCUACUGCCGACCCCAUAAGAACCUGGCUAUCGUCCACUUCCAAGACCACGUGAGUACACACACUCUACUGACAACAGAGGCGACUUGACACGCUUUUGGGGAUUCUCAAUUCGAUUAUAUGUUUGUGCUGAAUUUAACUGAGAGAAUUUUUUUUUGUUUAUUUUCAAACGUCUGUGAUACCUUUCAGGCAUCAGCAGCAAAGGCAAAGAAGAAGGGCAAAAUGCUGCACAGACAGGAAAUCUUUCUCUUCUGGCAGAGAAAGAAACACAGUAAGUCCUUGUGGCCGCAUCCUCCUAUUUUGCAGAGUUAAGUCAAAUAAUACAGACCAAAUUACUGUUACUAGUUAAGUACUCAAUUAAUAGGCUUAUCUAAGGGAAAUCAUCUGACAGACAAGUAGCCCACUGUCAAGCUCUUGAUCAGCUGCCCCUGUAUUUCCAUGUACCUUGAUUGAACCCGGUCUCUCUUGAGAAAUUGAUUGUGUGUGUGCACGCUCGUGUGUACUGUGUAUUACUCCUUCUGUGUUCUUUGUGUCAGGCCCAGGGAAGAAAGGCGAUCGAGCCCAAGAGGGAGAGGAGGAAGAAAGCAACAGGGACAACCAGGUUUCAGACACCAGCCUGGGGGGCUUCCAGUCCUCCUCUCCGCUGAGGAAGCCCCUCCCCAGAGUCCCUGCCCUCAGCAGCACCGUCAACCUCAGCAGGAGGUAAUCUUGGCUGCCCCUCACAGCUAGCUGGGCCAGACUUCUAGUUUCUGUGAAGUGCUUUUAUAACCUGAAAUACAUGUGGAAACAUACGACUUAUACUGUAAAGAUAAUAGAUACAUUAGGAAAUCCCUCGAGGCUUAUUAAUUGGGGGAUAACUGUGGGUGUUAGCUAGCCGUGGGUGACUAGAGUUAAUCUCUAAGCACAUCAGGAUGUGACAUCAGAUAUAAAAAAGACACUUCGUUUCUCAGCUCACCAGUGAAGAAGCCGUCCAUAGCCAAGUCCCUACAGUUUGAAAGCGAGCCCCAGCAGGACAGCAGCUCCGAGGGCCAGAGCUCUGACCGCCCCGUGCCCUCCUCCCUCCUCCACCUGAUUGGCCAGCUGGCUGAGACAGCCGAGGAGAAGUACCGCCUCCUGGAGCAGAGGGACAAGAUCAUGCGAGCUGGUAGGUACAGUAGAGCUGUCAGUCUGACAUGCAGUCCUGGAACUGGCCACGAGCUACUGAAUUGACUUACCUGCAUUUCUUUAGUAUGAAGCCAAGUGUUGACAUGGAGGAAUGUGCUGAAUGUCAAUUUCUUUGACUGUUGGCAUAAUAACAACGAUGAAAUUAAAGUAAUAAUAAUAAAGAUUAAAUAAUCUGGGCUGGAGAGACUGACUGGUUAUGUUGUUCAAUGUGCAGGGCGGCCCAAACGGACAGACCUGGAGCUGUCUUUCUUUGUGGGGACAUGCCCGGACAUGUGCCCCGAGAAGGAGCGCUACAUGAGGGAGACCCGCAACCAGCUCAGUUGCUUUGAGGUCGUCCCAGAUACAGAGAGGGUAAAGCCAUUUCUUCUAUCCCUGUUUCAAUACACACAAAUUCUCUCAGGCACACCUUUUGCAUGUACACUGCACCUGUGCUACUGUUGUGUAAAGUACAUGAACCUCUCAUCAAUAGAGAAGUUCCACUUGAUGGCUUAUGAUAAUCAUAUUAAUGAUGAUGAUGAUGAUGAUAUGUAGGCUUUUUAUCUAGCUAUGUCCUCAAACUCCAAGUGCUUGACAUUGGGCAUGAGUAUAUCCCACCCACAAAUGUCUCAGUUGAAUAAAAACAACCUGGUUUAUACAUUUUAUAAUGAGACGUAACCCCUUCCUGUCCAGGUGGACCACGUGGCGGCCAUCAAGGAGUACAGCAGGUCAUCGGCGGACCAGGAGGAGCCCCUCCCCUACGAGCUGCGGCCCCUCCCCGUGCUCAGCAUGACAAUGGAGUACCUGGUCACCCAGAUCAUGGACCAGGGCCACGACAACUACCGCGACUGGUACGACUUUGUGUGGAACAGGACCCGCGGCAUCCGUAAGGUAAACACAGCUAGUGUUGGUUAGCUAGCUAGCUGCUCCUGUUUUUUUUAUUGUUUAUUAUCGGUGUCACAAUGACAGAAAAGUCCUUGUACGAGGCAAGUAAUUGGGAAUGGGAAAGUGCUGAGAGAGUAGAUGAGAGCAGAAAAAGAAAUGCAAAAAGAAAGCUUAUGAAAAAGUUAUCAUAACACAUUCAUUGAUACAUAUUGCUGCGGUCUGAGGGGCUUUGUCUGUUGGAGUUAUGGUAACUCUAUUCCUCUCCUACUCAUUUUUCCUCCCAGGACAUCACCCAGCAGCACCUGUGUGACCCGCUGACGGUGUCGCUGAUCGAGAAGUGCACCCGCUUCCAUGUGCACUGUGCCCACCACCUGUGCCAGGAGCACAUGAUGACGUUUGACGCCAAGAUCAACAACGAGAACAUGACCAAGUGCCUGCAGAGCCUGAAGGAGAUGUACCAGGACCUGGCCACCAGGGGCGUCUACUGCCCCCAAGAGGCCGAGUUCCGCCAGUACAACGUGCUUCUCAAACUAGACGUCGGGGACGUCCUCCGGUCAGUCACUCGCCAAUGAUUGGGUCGUGUUCAUUAGGGUACACUGUAGCAAAAGGUUUUGCAACGAUAAAUGAAAAUAAUUGUCUCUUAUUGGUCAGUUUUACCUCCCAGUCUCACUUCGUUACGGACCGUUUUCUUCUGUUUCGUGCUUACGACUGUGACAAUACCCCAGUUAUUCUCAAUUUGUAAACAUACUACCAAUGAACUGUAAGCAUGUCUUUGUUUUAAUGUUUCAAACACCACCCUUCUCCUCCCCUCUGACUGAGAGUAUGCUCUCUUUUGUUGUGGUCCACACAGUGAGGUGCAGCAGUUCAGGGACGAGGUGCGCAACUCUCCAGAGGUGAAGUUUGCCGUGCAGGCAUUCGCGGCUCUCAACAGCAACAACUUUGUACGCUUCUUCAAGCUGGUGAAGUCUGCCUCCUACCUGGCGGGCUGCCUACUGCACAGAUACUUCAACCAGGUCAGCAAUAAACGUCACCUACCCUAGUAAUGUACCUCCUUACAUGCCAUGGAAUGUUUAGUGGGUCUGUAAUUAGCUUUGAAAAGUAGUAGGAAGUUUAACCUGUAGUAAUGAGCGUCACGUCCCAUCAACUGGUUGUCCCUUGGGAAUUGAUGGACAUUUGUGUGUGCAUGCCUAUGUGUUUGUAUGCAUUCCUGUGUGUGUAGGUGAGGGGCAAGGCCCUGAGGACCCUGAAUAACGCCCACACAGUGGGCACUCAGAGGUCCACCAUCUUCCCCCUGGAGGAUCUGGUGCGCAUGCUCAUGUUCCAAGAUGCCUCUGAGGCCACAGACUUCAUCCAGCAAUUCGGCCUCAACAUCAGUGGCGGGUCAGUACCAGUACCUGUCUAAUACAAUAUAUGUACCCAACAUAUUUACUGGGAAAAAACCUGUAGCGAACAGAAAACCAAUGUUCAGGUUGCACCUCCCUGUAUCGCUUGAAUGUAACAUCUUCACAACAGUAAAGGGCCCAGAGGGACAGUGUUUAAAGCGGCUAAAAACAAUAACAAAGAGCACACCCGCCCUUGUUUUGCGAAAAGCUGAAACUGAUAUCAUCCAUGAUUUCAAAAUUAUAGUUUUAACCAUGUUUUGAGGCUAUAUAGUGUUUUACAUUUAUGUUAUUAAAUGGGGGUUGCGUUAAUGCAGAAUUCUGCGUUUUUCACACAGAAAAUAAAAAGAUUAAACGCCUAACAUAUCUUUCUGCGUUUUGUAAAUAUAGAUCUAAAAUGCUUCUUAUUGUAAUUUCUGCUUCAGACAAAUGUUGUGCUUCAGUUGCUCUUCUCCACUCGUCGUCAUUCCCACAUUCACCAACAGGCAUUGUAUCAGCAGAAGGCGCUCUGACUUUGUAGCGACCUUUCUCUGUACUUUUCUCUGGUAAAAUGCAAGAUUAACUUCAAGCAAAACAUUAGGAAAUGUAGCUGGCUACAUUUUGUCUAUGAUGAACAUGAGAAAUAGGAUGGCCAUGCAUCGGUUUUCUAAGCUAAUUUACGUAUGUGUGGCUGCUAGACAAAUAGUGUUGCACUUUUCUCAAGAAAAUGAAGCUAUUUUCUGCUCAAUGUGUUGCACUAAUGUAUUUAGUGUUAAGGAAAACUAUAGUUGCAUGCCCCUGAUCACUCCUAUUGAAGCAAAAAAACCACUGUUGACUGUCAAUAUAAAAUGUUUCUGAUGUUGUGCGUUUUGAAAAUGCAGAUUUCUGAAAGCUAACGCAACCUCUGGUAAAACCAGCUUAUAUUUUGUGUUCUGAUGGGGUACGACAGUUGAACUAAGCUCAUGAGGCAUUCAUAAGUUAUAUUCUUCAUGAAUCAAUGGGUACAUAUUGUCAAUUUAUGAGUCCGAAAAUGGAUGUAGCAACUGCUGAUUGCCCCUUUAAAAAAAAAGUAUUCAUAUAAAAACAAAAUCUGAAAAUUAAUCAGUAUAGUCACUUUUUAAUGUUUCAUUGGGUAAUUGUUGUCAUCAAGCAACAGACUUCCUUCUCUGAUGUCCUCUGACCUCCUGACCCCACAGCUUGGUGGAACUGAGCCGCACGGCCUGGCAGGAGCCCGACCUGAACCUACCCCAAGUGAAGUCAGACGUCAUCAUGGCCAAGAGGGCUGUGCUGAUCGGGGAGGUGGUAAACGGAGGGCCACUGCCCAGCCCUCCCCAGCAUGUCCCCGUUUGCAGCUUCGAUGCCUACAACAAGUACUGGGGGGAGGGUCCGCUGGCAGAACCUUCGCCCGCUGCCAUCUUCGGGAGCGGCCCGGUGGCUGUAACGGGUAUGGGAGCCAUGGCAGUUCAAGAUGGCUAAACUGUGGAGGCCUGUAGAGCCGCUGUGCCCGUAGAUUGAUGUUCAAGACAGCCCUUACUGACAUUGUUUAUUUAGCCUGUCAUGGUGUCUCGAGUUGUCUACUGUUGUUGCUACCCCAUGUUGAAAUGUUCAAUAGUUUGUAUUGGUAGUCUUGAGCUAAUGAUUCAAUGUCACAGGUAUGAGGGGUGUCCAUGUUCUUUACAAAAAUAUUGCUGUGUUGUAAUCUUUAUCAUUCUGGCUAUGAGAAUUUGAGGUUUUUUUUACUCUCUCCCCAGUGCCAGCUUUCACCCUGCAGAAGCCAGAAGUCAAGGCCCAGCCGGACGUUGACCCCCGGCCGCAGAACAAACCCGCCAGGCUGCUGGCAGAGCCACGACUCUUUGGGGAUCUUCCCCCACCGUACCCCGGCCUUGCCACUGUCACCGAGCCUGCCCAGCCAUUGCAGGGCACAGACGAGACAGGGGAACCGGAGCCCACCCAACCCAGUAUCCAGGUUCACCCUGCAGCAGAUCUCCAACAGCAGCUGUUCCAGCUCAUUGACGUCGCCCAGCCCCAGCCUGUCAGACCCCCCUCGCCCCCGCCCAAACCUGAGCCAGUCUACUCUGACGAGGUGAGAGAGCGAGAAAUCCCUAGUGGUUUGACGCUAGCUUGCCUUAGUGGUAGUAUUUCCCAAAUGGUGGGUCGAGACCCUUUGGUAGGUCAUUGCUGCUUCCUUUCUGGUCUUAGCUCUAGUCUCUAGAUGUGUAUCAAAUUCAGCAGAAGGGUAGGAGAUGUUCCCCCCCUGUCUGUAUGACUCAUGUUUUCUAUACCUCCUACUGCUGUAGGACAUUCUGGCAGAACUGGAGUGCGUGGUGGAGGAGGUGCUGGAGGCGGUGGUGUGGGAGGUUGCCAGCGCCGGGGCCGACUACGCUGCAGCUGCUCUCGUGUGAGUGCUGUAUUAUUGCUUUGUUUGUUUAAGACUGACUGAUGAUUGCAUACACUGUGGUACAUCGGGAGUAGCAUUGAACAUCCCCUUUCACAUUGAUACCCAAUGCCUUGUUGUUCUGUCUCGCUGCAGUGCGAGCAGUGGCCACAUGGAGGCGGUGGUGAGCGAGGUGGUGGAGCAGAUGCUCCGGGAGGUGUCCACAGCUGAGGUCCAAGCAGAGCGAGAGAGACUCGCCGAGGAGAAACGCAAGAUAGAGGAAGCCAGGUUGGUCAGAGACUCUGAAACACCUUGAUCUCAAUCCUAACCCUAGCUGCAAACCAAUACGCAAAAUGUAUGCACGCAUGACUAAGUCAUGGCUUAUAUUAUAAAUCUCUCACUUUCUUAACCAUACAUUGGAAGCAGAAGUUUAACAAAUCACUUAGUCCAAGUUCUGACCUGUUAACAUGUAACUCCACAUCCAACUUCAAGUUCCUUGGUGUCCACAUCACCAACAAACUAUCAUGGUCCAAACACACCAAGACAGUCGUGAAGAGGGCACGACAACACCUUUUCCCCCUCAGGAGACUGAAAAGAUUUGGCAAUGGUCCCCAGAUCCUCAUAAAGUUAUACAGCUGCACCAUCGAGAGCAUCUUGACCGGUUGCAUCACCGUCUGGUAUGGCAACUGCUCAGCAUCCGACCGUAAGGCGCUACAGAGUGUAGUGCGUACGGCCCAGUACAUCACUGGGGCCAAGCUUCCUGACAUCCGGGACCUAUAUACAAGGCGGUGUCAGAGGAAGGCCCAAAAAAUUGUCAGAGUCCAGUCACCCAAGUCAUAUAAUGUUCUCUCUGCUACCGAACGGCAAGCAGUACCGGAGCGCAAAGUCUAGGUCCAAAAGGCUCCUUAACAGCUUCUACCCCCAAGCCAUAAGACUGAUGAACAAUUAAUCAAAUGUACACCCCCCUUUGUUUUUACACUGCUGCUAAUCGCUGUUUAUUAUCUAUGCAUAGUCACUUUACCUACAUGUACAAAUUACCUCGACUAACCUGUACCCCCGCACAUUGACUCGGUACCGGUACCCCCUGUAUAUAGCCUCAUUAUUUUAUUGUGUUACUUUUUAUUUUAUUUUAUUUUUUACUUUAGUUUAUUUAGUAACUAUUUUCUUAACUCUAUUUUCUUGAACUGCAUUGUAGGUUAAGGGCUUGUAAGUAAGCAUUUCACGGUAAGGUCUACACCUGUUGUAUUCGGCGCAUGUGACAAAUACAAUUUGAUUUGAUGUCUCCAACUCAUUAUCCAUGUCUCUCCCUCUCUUUUCUGUGGCAGGAGAAAGCAGGAGCACGAGGUCUUCCUGGCCCAGUUUAGUGACUCUCUCUGUUCUGAGAUCAGCCAAGAGGUCUUGACUGAGUGCAUCAAGGAGACUGCCGCCUCCGAGAUCCAGUAAGCUGCCCCUCUACACUCAACUCACAUUCCUGAUUCCAUAUCCACCACUAGCCCAAUAUUCAUGGAGCUGUCUCUCCCUUGUUUAUAUGCACCUGUGCAGUACUGUUGGGACACACCUACUAAUUCCAGGGUUUUUCUUUAUUUUUUACUAUUUUCUACAUUGCAGAAUAAUAGUGAAGACAUCAAAACUAUUAAGUAACACAAAUGGAAUCAUGUAGUAACCAAAAAAGUGUUAAAAAAAUCAAAAUAUAUUUGAGAUUCUUCAAAUAGCCACACUUUGCCUUGAUGACAGCUUUGCGCACUCUUGGCAUUCUCUCAACCAGCUUCACCUGGAAUGCUUUUCCAACAGUCUUGAAGGAGUUCCCACAUAUGCUGAGCACUUGUUGGCUGCUUUUCCUUCACUCUGCAGUCCGACUCAUCCCAAACCAUCACAAUUUGGUUGAGGUCGGGGGAUUGUGGAGGCCAGGUCAUCUGAUGCAGCACUCCAUCACUCUCCUUCUUGGUAAAAUAGCCCUUACACAGCCUGGAGGUGUGUUGGGUCAUUGUCCUGUUGAAAAACAAAUGAUAGUCCCACUAAGCCCAAACCAGAUGGUGCUGGUUAAUUGUGCCUUGAAUUCUAAAUAAAUUACAGACGGUGUCACCAGCAAAGCACCCCCACACCAUAACACCACCUCCUCCAUGCUUUACGGUGGGAAAUAAACAUGCGGAGAUCAUCCGUUCACCCACACCGCGUCUCACAAAGCCACGGCGGUUGGAACCAAAAAUCUCCAAUUUGGACUCCAGACCAAAGGACAAUUUUCCACCGGUCCAAUGUCCAUUGCUCGUGUUUCUUGGCCCAAGCAAGUCUCUUCUUAUUGGGGUCCUUUAGUAGUGGUUUCUUUGCAGCAAUUUGACCAUGAAGGCCUGAUUCACACAGUCUCCUCUGAACAGUUGAUGUUGAGAUCUGUCUGUUACUUGAACUCUGUGAAGCAUUUAUUUUGGCUGCAAUUUCUGAGGCUGGUAACUCUAAUGAACUUAUCCUCUGUAGCAGAGGUAACUCUGGGUCUUCCAUUCCUGUGGUGGUCCUCAUGAGAGCCAGUUUCAUCAUAGGGCUUGAUGUUUUUUGCGACUGCACUUGAAGAAACUUUCAAAGUUUAUGAAAUGUUCCGUAUUGACUGACCUUCAUGUCUUAAAGUAAUGAUGGACUGUUGUUUCUCUUUGCUCAUUUUUUGCUGUUCUUGCCAUAAUCUGGUCUUGGUCUUUUACAUUUACAUGUACAUUUUUGUCAUUUAGCAGACGCUCUUAUCCAGAGCGACUUACAGUUAGUGAGUACAUACAUUAUUUUUUUAUUUUUCAUACUGGCCCGCCGUGGGAAUCGAACCCACAACCCUGCCGUUGCAAACGCCAUGCUCUACCAACUGAGCUAUAUCCCUGCCAGCCAUUCCCUCCCCUACCCUGGACGACGCUGGGCCAAUUGUGCGCCGCCCCAUGGGUCUCCCGGUCGCGGCCGGCUACGACAGAGCCUGGAUACGAACCAGGAUCUCUAGUGGCACAGCUAGCACAGAUGCAGUGCCUUAGACCACUGCGCCACCAAAUAGGGCUAUCUUCUGUAUACCCCCCUACCUUGUCACAACACAACUGAUUGGCUCAAAUGCAUUAAGAAGGAAAGAAAUUCCACAAAUUAACUUUUAAGAAGGCACUCCUGUUAAUUGAAAUGCAUUCCAGGUGACUACCUCAUGAAGCUGGUUGAGAGAAUGCCAAGAGUGUGCAAAGAUGUCAUCAAGGCAAAGGGUGACUAUUUGAAGAAUCUCAAAUAUAAAAUAUAUUUUGAUUUGUUUAACACUUUUCUGGCUACUACAUGAUUCCAUAUGUGUUAUUUCGUAGUUCUGAUGUCUUCACUAUUAUUCUACAAUGUAAAAAAAUAGUAUAAAUAAAGAUAAACCCUUGAAUGAGUAUGUGUGUCCAAACCUUUGACUGGUAGUGUAAGUGUUUUUGAGUAAAAGUAUCUGUGUGUCAGGUUAGCCACGGAGGAGGAGGCAGCAUGUAUGGCGCGCUGCUCUGAUGAGGUGUGCAGCUGCCUGGUGGAGGAGACCCUGGACAAAGAGAUAUUCCUAAUGGUGGAGGACAUCCUGGAGGCGGAGCUACAGCGCAUACAGAAGUACAUUAAGAGGUACAACCAAGUCAUGUGAAUGACAACUAUGAAUGCUUGGGUUGACAGUUGGUCCACCAGUCUUGCGUAGACCCUAUAUCAAGGUUCUCCAACUCUGCUCCUAACAGUUUUAGUUUCAAGGCUCAAGUUUGCUUUUCAAAGUCUGCCCUCUCUCUCCGUUGGGUGUUCACUCCUUCUCUGUCGAAGCGCCACCACAACGUGGAAUAUUUUACCGCGAACACUGCAGCAGAAGCUUACUACUUCCUCCGCUACUCUUUCGUCCGUGUGAGGCUACAAUACGUCGAGUUUCCCGGAGAAGCUGUGAAGCACAUAUAGCCUACAAAACUUGAUUCAGUAAUGACCUGAAUAUUGUAUAUAAAUUAGUUCAUAUGGUAAUAUAAAUGCUGAAGGCUAAGAACAGCCAAUAUCUAGUUUCUACAAUGUCUUUUCAUUAAAAAAAAUAUUUUUUCAUUUUUAUCUAGGUUUAACACCAUCCAUUAACACCAAUCAUUCACUAUAAAACAUUUAUCAACAAAAAAGCUUAGCAAAAUACCCAAAAUUAUUGGGCAAAAAUAAGUAGGCCUAAAACAUAUAUAUAUCCAAAAAAUUAAUAAAUUAAGAGUAGGCUUCAUGACAAUGCAGAACAAAUCAUCCAAGAAUGUGCUUAAUGUUCUGGUCUCGUAAGGUUUUUGGAGUCAUUGAAAGGGUUGAAAGGGAUGUCACAAAGGCUAGGUGCUAAUUUCUCUCAGAUGGAUUGUGGAAUAUUCAUAACUGCAACUUGAAAGUGUAGACAACGCUCUUCCGGUAGGACUCCAGCCGUUCAGUCGUAGUGUACUUCUGAACCCUGUAGCUUUAGAUCCUUCUGUUGCUUUUGGUAGGUGGUGGAACGACAGCAAGUUGCUGCUCCGUUCUCAUAUCACCUCUUUGCUGCUGUUGUUGCAAUGCCUCGAUGAACUUCCAAUGGUGGGGUGGGUAGCACCAAGAUUCGCCCGAAAAUGUUUGAUGCCAGCCUUCCACUCAGUUGUUGGUCUUCGCCAAGUCUUGCAGGACAGCAUCGUAGCAGUUCCGUAAUUCUGAAAAUACAAAAAGAGAUCUUAUUCGGUACACUUCCAGAAGGACUUAUUUGCGGUCUGUCGUUCCCAUCUGUAGGUGUAGCAUUCAUGCGGCUGGAUAUUUUUUCAAGCACGUAGAGGAUAAAUUUGGAUUCCAUUGCUUGUCAGUGACAUCGCCAGGACCUUGGAUAAGUGAGUGCCACUGGAAAUUUGGUGGACUAUAAUUUCCUCUUCAUAUUGUAGGCAUACAAUCUGUGUCCACUCAUUGCUGGCUGAAAACGGACUUGUAUCACAGGUGACCUGGCUGCUUUUCAUUGGCCUAUGCUAUUGGUUGCAUUUAAGAAAUGGGUGGUUAGUUUUUUUUAUGUCAAUAUCAGAGUAUCUUGUCAUUUGGGUAAUUGUGUGUGGUAUUGAAAAAUAUUAUUGUAAUGUAUCCAGUCAUGUAGAAUUGCAGGAAAUUAUUUUAGAAAAGGCUAUUUAGAAUUUCAUAAUCAUUUUUGUUUUCAGACUUUUUUCUGUUGGUAGGCCUACCCAUGUCUCUCUCUUCACUCGGAAAGCCUGCUGGCUGAUAAUAAUAAUAAUAAUAAUAAUAAUAAUAUGCCAUUUAGCAGACGCUUUUAUCCAAAGCGACUUAGAGUCAUGCACAUACCAAAGCUGAUAAUUGUGACUUGAUUAAAUUGGAAUGAUGUGAAUAAUGAUAAUGAUGAUGGUGAGAGCCCAGUAUAGCCUAACCCUUUAAUAAUAGGCUAUUGUUACUUUGUGUCUCUAAAAUCACAAUGUUUCCAUUUUCUAGUCAUGUGACAUCUUUUUUUUUUUUUUUUUUUUUAUUUCCAAAUGUUGGCCUUUUUCCCAGAUCAUUUUCUUGGGCAUGAAAUGUUCUAUUUUCAUAACUGAUCAAAAGUCAGUAUGCCAUAGCCUAUAGAUAAUAUUCUGCCCAUAUGAACACAUUUAUUUUAGGCCAUAUAAAGAACAGCUAUGAAUGAUUUUAAUGAAAAGCAGCAAACAGGCACAUUUGUUUUGCAUUAUUUAAUAAAAGACUCAUAAACAGAAACAGCCAAUAGGCUAUACAGCUGGCUUCACAGUUUCCCCGCCAAAUAGGCCUACAAGGAAACUCUACAUAUCUCUACGGCGUUGAGUGCGCGAGGGGAUCUGUGCGCUGCAUAGUACCUUCCACAAAAAGUUUUGCUCUUCAAAAAGACACAAGCUUCCCUCUCACCCCCUCUCUCCCCAUGUAUUUCUCUGUCAGGUGGCGUGACGUGGUGGCGGUACGCAGGCAGCUGAAGAGACAGAUGCGGGGCUUCCCUGCCGCCCCCUGCUGUGUGGACCCCCGCCACAAGCUCAAAGCCCUGGCUCCCAGUGCCCCCUCCCAGCCCUCUAUGGACUGCCUGGCCAGGGGCAUGGUCAACCUGGGUAAUGCCGGCUACAUGGCCCUGUCCAGCACCAGGUACUGGAGCUACCCUGCCCUACUCUGGCCCUUGCCUCCCUCUUCUGUCUUUCUUUCUUUUUUUCUCUUUCCUUCGCUCUCUCUUACACACCUCUGACUCUUCUGUAAUGUCCCCAGGUUGCUAAAGAUGAGACAAGAAGCAAUCCAUCAAAUGCGAGUCCACUUCUACUACCAGCAGCUGUUGAAGUAAGCCAUCAUCCCUGCUCUUACUUCAUUGUAGUUCUUCUCUCACUCGUGAUUCUUGUACUCAAACUCUCUCACAAUGGAGGAUAAGUACAUAUUUCUGAAUCAUAGUAACAAAAAUUACAUCAAACACAACAUUAAACAAUAUGUGUCCCCCCUUCAGUGAGUCGGUGUGGACUCCUCUAGACAUGCCUACGCUGGUGGUUGAGAGCGUUCCUAACCCACCUGGCAGAAUCUUCUGGAAGGCCACCCUGCUGUUGCCCAGCGACCACGAGAGUGUUGCCAGCAUAGCCGACAGGUGAGAUCAAAUACAGUGUGGCAGAUGUAAUUGCCGUUGAACUCCUCACACCCUCUCACAGUGCAGCAUACAAGUACUCUCAACAGUACUUUGGUGGCUGUGUCUAAGAGUGUCAUGUAUUUUCCGGCUCAGCUAAAUACUGUAAAGUUACUUCAGUUUGAUGGACAGCUGCCUCUGAAGCCUCCGCACCUCAGCUUCCAUCCUGUGGUUCUUGAUCUGCAUCUGCUCCAGGAUAGGAGCAGCUUGUGAGACCAUUUCUUCUUGAGGACUUUCUUCCUUCUGAAAGUGGCACUGGAUGCAUGGACCACCUUUCUCUCCACACACCUGACCGUUUUCACCAGCUGGUCUCAUGCUUUCCGAGUGUUUCUUUCUGUCCUGAAACUCAUUCAGCUUUUCAGCUUUCCACAAAUAUCCACAUUCAGUGCAUCUCUCUUAUCAACCAGUUUGCUGUAAUGCUCUAUCAUGAUGUCAUGGGACUCAUCCCAGCGCUUGGUGGAAUCCACAACAGAUCAGUGAAACUCAUGAGUCAUGGGAGAGGCAACAACAUCAAAAUCAGACUGUCUUGCUCUCAUCUCUGCCUGUGGUAAAGAUCACAGGCUCAAAAUUUUUCCAAUGGUGUCAAUAGCGAACAUCGUCAGACCUUUGAGUCAGAAUUUGAUUCACACUUGCAAGAGCUGAUGAAAUGUGUUCCAUUGAAGUUCUGUAAUAAUUUGCCAGAUAGACCGAAAAGUCAACUGAAUCUUUAUUUUUACAACAAUUCAACCGAACAUUCCAAAUUCUAAGGUCUCUAAGGAACGAAAAUGUGAAACCUUAGCAACAGUGAUUAUAUCAUAAAAAUUGUAGCAAACAUUCUAAAGUCUAGGUUUUCCAAGUGAAAACAUGUAAAAGCCUUAGCUAGCGUCAAUGAUUUAUAUAAUAACAAUAAUGCGAAUGAAAUAUCAACAAUAAAAACCACAACCAAUAUAUAUAUAUACAGAAUUUUCUUGUUUAUAAUUGCUUAUCGUUAAUUAUAGAUUUAUAAUAACACUUUUUUAGAUACAAUAAUGCUAAUAACCACAGGCCGCAUCAAAGUCCAUCUUGCAGAAUGUUCACCAAGGACCAUGUAUGUUCAAACGGGGCAGCCUUUUGUAUAUUUUUAUCCGAAUGCAAUGGACCACCCAGCACAGCCAGAAGAGGACUGGCCACCCCUCAGAGCCUAGUUUCUCUCUAGGUUUCUUCCUAGGUUCCUGCCUUUCGAUAGUUUUUCCUAGCCACCGUGUUUCUACAUCUGCAUUGCUUGCUCUUUUGGGUUUUAGGCAGGGUUUCUGUAUAAGCACUUUUGUGACAUUCUGCUGGUGUAAAAAGGGCUUUGUAAAUACAUUUGAUUGAUUUUUCUCUCCACACACCUGUUUUCAAUAGCUAGUCUCAUGCUUUCCAAGUGCUUCUUACCUCUUUGAUGACACUUGUGUUUAUUGAGUGUGUUCUCUGUGCUCUUAUUGCAGGAUCCUGACAGACUGGCUGGAGACUAAGUUUGGGGGAGGUGAAAGUGCAAAGGUCACAGAGAAGGAGCAGGAGGGGACACUGAGGACUCUCUGCAUCACCAACGGACUCAGGGAAGCAGGAGACAUGACUCACAAAGUACACAUCAGCAUCAAGGUGGGAGCGAAAACAACAUUACCAAAACAUUUUCCCCUUAGACUAGUGAUUAUUUGAUUAACUACUUUCUACACCAGGGGUGUCCAAACUAAUUUUGGCCCAGAUGCCGUAUUCGGUCUUCAACGAGAUCUGGAGGGCUGCACUGAAAAUGUGUUAUACAGUGCAUUUGGAAAGUAUUCAGACCCCUUCCCUUUUUCCACAUUUUCUUACGUUACAGCCUUAUUCUAAAAUUGAUUAAAUACAUUUUGUUCCUCAUCAAUCUAUACACAAUACCCCGUAAUGACAAAGCGAAAACAGGUUUUUAGAAAUGUUAGCACAUUUAUACAAAAUAAAAAACAGAAAUACCUUAUUUACAUAAGUAUUCAGACCCUUUGCUAUGAGUCUCAAUUGAGUAUUAUAUAUUAUUAUUAUAUUAUAUUAUAUUAUAGUUCAGGUGCAUCCUGUUUCGAUUGAUCGACCUUGAUGUUUCUACAACUUUAUUGGAAUCCACCUUUGGUAAAUUCAAUUGAUUAGACAUGAUUUGGAAAGGCACACACCAGUCUAUAUAAGGUCCCACAGUUGACAGUGCAUGUCAGAGCAAAAACCAAGCCAUGAGGUCGAAGGAAUUGUCCGUAGAGCUCAGAGACAGGAUUGUGUCGAGACACAGAUCUGGGAAAGGGUACCCAAAAAUGUCUGCAGCAUUGAAGGUCCCCAAGAACACAGUGGCCUCCAUCAUUUUUAAAUGGAAGAAGUUUGUAACCACCAAGACUCUUCCCUAGAGCUGGCCGCCCGGCCAAAUUGAGCAAUCGCGGGAGAAGGGCCUUGGUCAGGGAGGUGACCAAGAACCCGAUGGUCACUCUGACAGAGCUCCAGAGUUCCUCUGUGGAGAUGGGAGAACCUUCCAGAAGGACAACCAUCUCUGCAGCACUCCACCAAUAAGGCCUUUAUGGUAGAGUGGCCAGACGGAAGCCACUCUUCAGUAAAAGGCACAUGACAGCCCGCUUGGAGUUUGCCAAAAGGCACCUGAAGACUCUCAGACCAUGAGAAACAAGAUUCUCUGGUGUGAUGAAACCAAGAUUGAACUCUUUGGCCUGAAUGGCAAGCGUCACGUCUGGAGGAAACCUGGCACCAUCCCUACUGUGAAGCAUGGUGGUGGCAGUAUAAUUCUGUAGGGAUCGAGGGAAAGAUGAACGGAGCAAAGUACAGAGAGAUCCUUGAUAAAAACCUGCUCCAGAGCGCUCAGGACCGGGGCGAAAGUUCACAUUCCCAGAGGACAACAUCCCUAAGCACAUAGCCAAGACAACGCAGGAGUGGCUUUGGGACAAGUCUCUGAAUGUCCUUGAUUGGCCCAGCCAGAGCCCGGACUUGAACCCGAUCGAACAUCUCUGGAGAGACCUGAAAAUAGCUGUGCAGCGACACUCCCCAUCCAACCUGACAGAGCUUGAGAAGAUCUGCAGAGAAAAAUGGGAGAAACUCCCCAAAUACAGGUGUGCCAAGCAUGUAGCGUCAUACCCAAGAAGACUUGAUGCUGUAAUCGCUGCCAAAAGUGCUUCAACAAAGUACUGAGUAAAGGGUCUGAAUACUUAUGUAAAUGUAAUUUUUCUGUUUUUUUAUUUUUAAUAAAUUAGCAGAAAUGUCUAAAACCUGUUUUUGCUUUGUCAUUAUGGGGGUAUUGUGUGUAGAUUGAUGAGGGGAAAAACUAUUAAAUCAAUUUUAGAAUAAGGCUGUAACUUAACAAAAUGUGGAAAAGGUCAACGGGUCUGAAUACUUUUGGAAGGCACUGUGUAUAUAUAUUUUUUUACUCAACUCCCGCGGGCAGGAUUGGACCCCGGAUCCGGCCCGCAUGUUUGACACCCCUGUUCUACACUGACUGAUUAACAUCCUGAUGCCUACACCAAUCCCAUCCAAGCCAAUAUCAAGACACUUCAGACAGCAAUGUAGUUGUACUGACUGUGUCUGUGUGUGUUGUCCCAACCAGGCAUCUCGGGGCCCGCUGAGUGAAGAGGGCCUGUCCAAGAUGGAGGAGGCCCAUGAGCUCCAGGGCACGGGGGCCCUGCUGAUGCUGCUGCCUGCCCCCAGCCCAGGCAGCGAGGACCAGGACGUGCCCCUGCUCUCCGCUCUGCUCCAGCUUAAACAGCUCCAGCAGGCCAAUAUCUGGGACUGCCCACUGCCCCUCGCCAUAUUGGUGCCAGGCCCGCAUGACACACAGAAACUGGAGGAAGGUAAGGGGUACCCCAACCACACAUGCACACAUGGCUGGACAUCACCAGCAAGUCCUUAUUAAGUACCAAAUCUGUAACUCUCUGCCUGCCUCUUCUUGUCUUCUGGUUAGAACUGAUGCUCCAGACGUUGGUUGAAGACGGUCUGAUAUCAGAACACGUGUUCGUCCACAUCCCAGAAACCACCAGCGACCUACAGGGCUCAGAGCAGGUAUGGACAGCCCUCUUGAAACAAAAUACAAAUAUUUAAAUUGCGCCUAAGGUAAUUAAAUGAGUAGCGUUGUAUUUAGGGUCGGGACGAUACCAGUAUUGUGAUACUCGUUAGUAUCGUGUCAAGGAAACAAAACAUGAAGCGGAUUUAACUUCUUUAGGAAGAUUCGCUUUUUUUUCUUCAAGCUAUAGCACACAAUAACUUACAGCUGGUUUUUAAGGGACCAAAGAGUUUGGUCUGUUUCUUGUUUUCAUUUUUGCCAUGGGAAAAAUAUUGCGAUGCUGGUAUCGUCGCAGCCGAAGUUGUAUUGAAUUGGAAGUAUUCUAAUGUGCUGUUUUAUGGGGUUGUUUGCCCCCAGGUGAGUGAAGCGGUGCGCUGGCUCUUGGCACGUGCCCCAGCUCCCUCCCUCCUCUCCUCCCAGACCCUGGUGCACUUUGUGGAGGCCGGGCUGGGCCGCGAGUUCAGUGCCCGCCUCUAUGGCCACCGGCAGGACCGGGCGGGGGCAGGGCUGGCGCGCCAACACCCGGCACCUGUCAUCACACUCUACAACGCUGUGCUGGCAUUCCUGGCUGACCUAGUGUCCUCCCAGCACCUCUCCAGCCUCUCCUGGCCCCCGGGGGAGUUCGCCCUGCCUGAGACCCGGGACUUGGUGCCUCACCUGGGUUGGAACUCCCCUCAACACCUGGCCUGGCUCCGGACGGCUGUUGUCAGCUUGCAGAUACCCAGCUGGGACAUGCCCGCUAACACAGGUGGGUAGCUUUUGGUUUGUGUGUGUGACUGUGUAGUUGUGCUUGCAUGUGGUUGUGCGUGUGUGAUUCGGUUGACUUGCGACUUUUAUGUAGCCUUAUCCCAGAUCUGUUUUUGCUUUUGCCUACUCCAUUGUCAUGGAGCAGAGACGGACAGCUAACAUUUAUGCCUUAUUACUGCUCAAAUUACAACUGUUUAUAUUGCCCUCCUAUCUACUCGUUAAUACAUCUCAUGAAUAAAGCUCUAAUUCCCCCCAGCCUCCUGGCCCCAGCUGUGUUCCGCCAUCUUCCAGUACGCCAGCCAGAUCCCAACUUCGCGCCACAGCCAGCCCCUCCUCAUGUCCCGCCUGGAAAACCUACUGGAGAGGGUGCGCUGUUCCACGGCUGCAGCCCAGGACCACUGGGAGGAGGAAAGCCCGUCCUUCCAGCAGGUCCCCUGGGACGACGUGGUGGCUCUCUGCAUAGACCACAAGCUGAAGGACUGGCAACACCCUGACAGCCCAGUUUGUGAUGGUGAGAUGACCAUUGGUUUAUCUACUCUAUCUGCUCUACUCUAGCUCUUUGGGUGACAUUUUCCGCACCAAAGACAAAUUCAGCUCCUAAUGCUAGACAGAAUAAACUGAGCUAUCAGCAGCAUUUGAGACAAAGUAUUGUAUGAGGAAAACAAGUUAAAAAGCCUUUUAUUGCAUUGGAAUUUGUAAAGAGCUAAACUUAAUCCCAAGACUCCGGUGGUGCUGUUCCAGAUGCAGUGACGGAGGAUGGGGAGGUCCUGGUCUACUUCCCCAAGGAGGGACUGAAUGGCUUCCAGCCCCCCACAGAGUGGACGGAGGCGGUCAGACUCACACACAGGGAGAAGCAGCAGGAGACACAGGGGUAAGGAGGAGACUGGUUCACUACUCUGUCUCUGUGUCUCUCUCUCUCUCCCUCUGUAUUUCUCUCGAUCUCUCUCGAUCUCAAAUGUACUCCUGAGUCUGUUGGCUUAUACUCCCUUCUGCGAAUUGAUAAACAAAAAUAGAUCAUUUCUUCCUCUUCCUUCCCCUCCCCUCUUCAGAGCCAGUCCAGGAGGCCUCGCAGCUCUCCCUCCCCUCAGACAGAAGUUGUUCCGGAGCCUGGUGGAUCGGCCGGACCGCCCUGCUCCCUGCCACACUCUGGACAUCACACACACCCCCUCACCCCGGGACCUGCUGCCCCACAAGGUCCUCCACGGUCUCCAGGAGGAGAGGGCACAUAGCCAGAGGUGUGAGGAGCAGCUGCAGCGCUGGCUAGAGGUGGAGUCCUUGGACUCUAUCUCUAUGCCCCUCUUCAUGCCCUCCAGCCUGCUCUCCAUGACUAACAUCAUGGCCCCCAUCUGUACUUCUGGUGGUGCGGCCACUGCUACACAGGUACGACUGUCUUCACGUGCACACACACAGACACAGUACCAGUCAAAAGUUUGGACACACCUACUCAUUCAAGGUUUUUCUUUAUUUUUACUGUCUUCUACAUUGUAGAAUAAUGGUGAAGACAUCAAAACUAUGAAAUAACACAUAUGGAAUCAUGUAGUAACCAAAUAAGUGUUAACCAAAUCAAAAUAUAUUGAUGACAGCUUUGCACAAUCUUGGCAUUCUCUCAACCAGCUUCAUGUGUUAGUUACCUGGAAUGCAUUUAAUUUGUGGAAUUUCUUUCCUUAACGCAUUUGAGCCAAUCAAUUGUGUUGUAACAAGGUAGGGGUGGUAUACAGAAGAUAGCCCUACUUGGUAAAAGACCAAGUCCACAUUAUGGCAAGAACAGCUCAAAUAAGCAAAGAAAAAUGAAAUUCCAUCAUUACUUUAAGACAUGAAGGUCAGUCAAUACAGAACAUUUCAAGAACUUUGAAAGUUUCUUCAAGUGCAGUCGCAAAAACCAUCAAGCUCUAUAAGGAAACUGGCUCUCAUGAGGACCGCCACAGGAAAGGAAGACGCAGAGUCACCUCUGCUGCAGAGGAUAAGUUCAUUAGAGUUUACCAGCCUCAGAAAUUGCAGCCCAAAUAAAUUCUUCAGAGUUCAAGUAACAGACACAUCUCAUCAUCAACUGUUCAGAGGAGACUGCGUGAAUCAGGCCUUCAUGGUCGAAUUGGACAUUAGACAGGUGGAAAUCUGUCCUUUGGUCUGAUGAGUCCAAAUUUGAGAUGUAUGGUUCCAACCGUCUUUGUGAGACGCAGAGUAGGUGAACAGAUGAUCUCCACAUGUGUGGUUCCCACCGUGAAGCAUGGAGGAGGAGGUGUGAUGGUGUGGGGGUGCUUUGCUGGUGACGCUGUCUGUGAUUUAUUUAGAAUUCAAGGCACACUUAACCAGCAUGGCUACCACAGCAUUCUGCAGCGAUACGCCAUCCCAUCUGGUUUGCGCUUAGUGGGACUAUCAUUUGUUUUUCAACAGAACAAUGACCCAACACACCUCCAGGCUGUGUAAGGGCUAUUUGACCAAGAAGGAGAGUGAUGGAGUGCUGCAUCAGAUGACCUGGCCUCCACAAUCACCUGACCUCAACCCAAUUGAGAUGGUUUGUGAUGUGUUGGACCGCAGAGUGAAGGAAAUGCAGCCAACAAGUGCUCAGCAUAUGUGGGCACUCCUUCAAGGCUGUUGGAAAUGCAUUCCAGGUGAAGCUGGUUGAGAGAAUGCCAAGAGUGUGCAAAGCUGUCAUCAAGGCAAAGGGUGGCUAUUUAAAGAAUCUCAAAUAUAAAAUAUAUUUUGAUUUAACACUUUUUUGGUUACUACAUGAUUCCAUAUGUUAUUUCAUAGUUUUGUUGUCUUCACUAUUAUUCUACAAUGUAAAAAAUUAUAAGAAAUAAAGAAAAACCCUUGAAUGAGUAUAUAGAUAUAUAUAAACUACCGUUCAAAAGUUUGGGGUCACUUAGAAAUGUCCUUGUUUUCGAAAGAAAAGCAAUGUUUUUGUCCAUUAAAAUAACAUCAAAUUGAUCAGUGUAGACAUUGUUAAUGUUGUAAAUGGCUAUUGUAGCUGGAAAUGGCUGAUUUUUAAUGGAAUAUCUACAUAGGCGUACAGAGGCCCAUUAUCAGCAACUAUCAGUCCUGUGUUCCAAUGGCACGUUGUGUUUGCUAAUCCAAGUUUAUCAUUUUAAAAGAACUGAAGAUCUCGUACGACGCUGUGUACUACUCCCUUCACAGAACAGCGCAAACUGGCUCUAACCAGAAUAGAAAGAGGAGUGGGAGGCCCCGGUGCACAACUGAGCAAGAGGACAAAUACAUUAGUGUCUAGUUUGAGAAACAGACGCCUCACAGGUCCUCAACUGGCAGCUUCAUUAAAUAGUACCCGCAAAACACCAGUCUCAACGUCAACAGUGAAGAGGCGACUCCGGGAUGCAGACCUUCUAGGCAGAGUUGCAAAGAAAAAGCCAUAUCUCAGACUGGCCAAUAAAAAUAAAAGAUUAAGAUGGGCAGUCUGAGAUACCGUUUUUUUUUUUUUCAAUUUAAUUUAAAGGGGAAAACUGAAAUGUCAUGAGUCAAUAAGUAUUCAACCCCUUUUGUUGUGGCAAGCCUAAAUAAGCUCAGGAGUAACAGGUUACAUGGACUAUGUGUGCAAUAAUAGUGUUUAACAUGAUUUUUGAAUAACUUCCUGAUCUCUGUAUUCCACACAUCUGUAAGGUCCCUCAGUCGAGCAUUGAAUUUCCAACACCGAUUCAACCACAAAGACCAGGGAGGUUUUCCAAUGCUUCGCAAAGAAGGGCACCUAUUGGUAGAUGGGUAAAAAUAAAAGCAGACAUUGAAUAUCCCUUUGAGCAUGGUGUAGUUAUUAAUUACACUUUGUAGUGACUGGGUGUAUUGAUACACCACCUAAAGAUACAUGCGUCCUUCCUAACUCAGUUGCCAGAGAGGAAGGAAACCGCUCAGGGAUUUCACCACGAGGCCAAUGGGGACUUUAAAACAGUUAGAGUUUAUUGGCCGUGAUAGAAAACUGAGGAUGGAUCAACAUCAUUGUAGUUACUCCACAAUACUAACCUAAUUGACAGAUUCUGUACAGAAUAAAACUAUUGCAAAACAUGCAUCCUGUUUGCAAUAAGGGACUAAAGUAAAACUGAAAAAAAUGUGGCAAAGAAAUUAACUUUGUCCUCAAUACAAAUAGUUAUGUUUAUUUUCAAGCUUGGUGGUGGCUGUAUCAUGUUAUGGGUAUGCUUGUCAUCGGCAAGGACUAGGGAGUUUUUUUGGAUAAAAAUAAAUGGAAUAGAGCUAAGCACAGGGAAAAUCCUAAAGGAAAACCUGGUUCAGUCUGCUUUGCAACAGACACUGGGAGACAAAUUCACCUUUCACCUAACCUAAUACACAAGGCCAAAUCUACACUGUGUUGCUUGCCAUAACUCCUGAGUGGCCGAGUUAUAGUUUUGAGAAUUGACUGUGUUGAAAACCAGAACAUCGUGCCGCCUGCUUAAUAUAAGGAAUGUGAAGUGAUUUAUACUUUUACUUUUGAUACUUAAGUAUAUUUGAGCAAUUACAUGUACUUUUGAUAUAUAAGUAUAUUUAAAACCAAAUACUUUUACUUUUACUGUAGUAGUAUUUUUCUGGGUGACUUUCACUUUUUGAGUCAUUUUCUAUUAAGGUAUCUUUACUUUUACUUAAGUAUGACAGUUGGGUACUUUUUCCACCACUGCCACUGUCUCUCUCACCCAAGUGUUGUGGGCAUUUGCGAUGAAUAGUACAAUAGUUAAGUGACUUAAUUAGUAUUCUUCAAUGUCUUCUUUUUUUUGUAGGAGGCGGACUCAGAAGACCCUUUGGAGAAAGCAGAGCGAGAUUGGCUCAAGGGUGCGCCUGUAUCCAUGGCGCAGCGCCUGAAGGAGCUGGAUAGGCUGUUAUUGGCCAGUCGAGAGGAGGAGCUU